AUGUUUGGGAAAGGCUUCCCGUUUCUGAAUCCUGUCGGGGGCUUCUAUCCUCGGGAGACGGUCGACUCCCGCCGACCCGGCGGCUAUACCAGCAAAGUCCGAGUGCGAGAUCGAUAUCAUAUUGUGGGAUUCAUCAGCAGCGGAACCUAUGGGCGCGUAUACAAGGCUAUCGGCAAAAAUGGCCAGAAGGGAGAGUUUGCGAUCAAAAAGUUCAAGCCGGACAAGGAAGGCGAAUCGAUCCAGUACACCGGUCUGUCUCAAUCCGCCAUCCGUGAAAUGGCUCUCUGUACGGAGCUCUCACAUGCCAAUGUGGUCCAGCUGGAGGAGAUCAUUUUAGAGGACAAAUGUAUCUUCAUGGUAUUUGAGUACACAGAGCAUGACUUGCUUCAGAUUAUUCAUCAUCACACACAACCGCAACGACACGCGAUUCCGGCCACCAUGGUUCGGUCCAUUCUCUUCCAGUUACUCAAUGGCUUGCUCUAUCUGCAUACCAACUGGGUCCUGCACCGCGACCUCAAACCAGCCAAUAUUCUUGUCACAUCCAGCGGAGCCAUCCGCAUCGGUGAUCUGGGUCUGGCACGUCUAUUUUACAAACCACUUAAUUCCCUAUUCUCCGGAGACAAGGUGGUUGUCACAAUAUGGUACCGAGCUCCAGAGCUUCUCCUGGGCAGUCGACAUUAUACGCCUGCGGUCGACAUGUGGGCAGUGGGUUGCAUCUUCGCCGAACUCCUGUCAUUACGCCCUAUCUUCAAAGGUGAAGAAGCCAAGAUGGACAGCAAGAAGACAGUCCCUUUCCAGCGCAAUCAGAUGAUGAAGAUAGUUGAGAUUCUCGGCCUUCCCCGCAAGGAAACAUGGCCAGGCCUCGUCUCGAUGCCAGAAUAUACACAGCUGCAGUCUUUGGUACUGCACCGGCAGCCAGCACAUUUCCACCGCGGGCAUAAUCUCGAGGGCUGGUAUCAAAGCUGCUUGAAGAAUGGCGGAUACUCUGCCACCUCGAGUGCGGGUACUCCGGGUGCAGACGGGUUCGAUCUUCUGUCACGCAUGCUCGAAUAUGAUCCAACAAAGCGGAUCACAGCCCAAGAAGCCCUGGUGCACCCGUAUUUCGCUAACGGAGGCCCUAUUAGCGGCGACUGCUUCGAAGGCAUCGAGCACAAGUACCCGCAUCGUCGGGUCACUCAGGAUGACAAUGAUAUUCGGACCGGCAGCCUGCCCGGCACCAAGCGCAGCGGCCUGCCGGACGACUCGUUGAUGAGAGCCACGAAGCGUCUGAAGGAAUAA